AGCAUUUGCUACGCUUUUGUUGCUGUAAAGUAAUCCGUGUUGCAAGCGUGUCUUCGCGAAACGGCCCAGAAUUCAGGGCACAUUGUGACCGACGACCGGUGACAGCUGUAUGAGCGAAGCAUUUUUCCUUUACGCUGAAAAAAAUAGUAAAUUUUAUCUUUAUCGACAAUUCGUUUUUGCGCAAUACACUUAACGGUACAUAUUGUCUACGGUUUAAAAACGGUUUCGGUGACGCGUUGAUUUUACGGUAAUACGCGGUGGUUUCGGUUAAACUAAAAUAUAUAAAUAAAUCGCAGAUUUUGUGUAUUUUGCAAAUUAAUCGAGAAAAUAUAAACAGACGACCAAAUGUUGGCCUUUCAUAACGAGCACAUAGCAAGCUGUGCCUUUUUAACUUACUUUAGCCCGGAGAGCACAACGACGGCUGCGAACUCACCAACAAUGCCACAAGCAGCUGCGCUUAAUGAUAAAUCGGCCUUAACAGGGAUAGCCACGACGACAAGGCCAUUAGUUGCUGAUGAUGGCGUUGCCAGCUAUUCCAACGGCAGCACCAAUAAUCACUGCAGUGGAAACUACAGACGCAGCAUGACCACCGGCAUCCACAAUAACAACACUAAUAGCCACUGCAGACGCUUGCAGCCCUACUUUUUGGGCAUAACGCGUUUACGACUGCAAUUGCAACAACAGUUGAAGCAGCAGCAGCAACAGCAACAACAAAAGCAGCACCAACAACACCCGCAGCAACAACAACAAUUCAAUAGUCUACAAUAUCAUCAUCAACAGCUCAAUAACAACAAUCAACUGCGGCCAAUGCAGCUAAGUGCAACACAACCACAGAGGCGUUUGUUGCACAUUGUGCAGCUGCAGCAAAUGCGGCAAUUUAUAAGACAACGGCAACAAGUACAACAAAAGCAAUUGCAACAGCAACAGCAACAAUAUGAGCAACAACAACAACAAGAACAUAAUCUAAAAUAUCAACAACAUGUAACAUUGCAACAACAAGCAACAAAGCUUUUGUUACCCGUUAAUUUAGUGCCGCGCAUUCCGAAUUGUUUUAGUAGUAGUAGUAGUAGUAAUCGUAAUGCGGCUGCUGUUGGUGUCAAUACCAAUGACACUGGCAGCAGCUGUAAUGCUACGGUUAUAAUGCCAGCAACAACAACAACAACAGCAGCAGCAGCGUGUAACCCGCUAAAACUGCCAUCUUUGAAAUCCAUUGUUAAGCUUUGCUAACAGCCAUUAUGCACAUCGAUGGCGGCGGCAGCGGCGACCACGACGACGAUGGCGACGGCGACGACGAAUGCCACCAGCGAUGUUGCAAAUGAGCCAGCAAAUGCGCCAACAAGCAGCUUCCUCGACAACGGCGACAUGCAGCAUGAAUUUGAUGCAGAU